AUGUGUGGUAUCUUUGCUUACCUCAAUUAUCUUGUCGCUAAAGAUAGAAAAACAAUCAUUGAUACUCUUACAACCGGCUUGUCUCGUUUAGAAUACCGUGGCUAUGACUCAGCAGGUCUAGCUGUAGACGGUGAUGCCAACUGCGAAGUGUUCAUCUAUAAACAAGUUGGGAAGGUUGCUGCCUUAAAAAAACUUGUGUCUGAGCAGGAAGUUGACUUUGAAAGGCAGUUUGUUAGCCACUGUGGUAUGGCACAUACACGUUGGGCUACUCACGGUCAACCUUCAAAAACAAACUCUCAUCCUCAACGUUCUGAUCCAAAGGGCGAAUUUACUGUGGUUCAUAACGGUAUCAUUACUAAUUAUAAAGAAUUGAAAACUGUACUCGAAAACAAAGGUUACCAUUUUGAAUCAGAGACAGACACCGAAGCUGUUGCUAAGCUUGCAAAGUAUCUGUAUGAUACUCAAAACCCUAAUCAGAGUUUAAGCUUUACCGCACUUGUCAAGGGUGUUGUCAAGGAAUUGGAAGGUGCAUUUGCCUUGAUAUUCAAGAGUAUCCAUUAUCCCGAUGAAAUUGUUGCUACGCGACGUGGAUCCCCUCUUUUGGUUGGUGUUAAGACCGAGAAAAAAUUAAAAGUGGAUUUUGUUGAUGUUGAAUUCGGUACAGAUGAGAAAGUUCCAGAUGCAGGAAAUUUAUUGUCUCCCACGGAUGGUAUUCCAAAACUUAGGCGUAGUCAGUCACGCGCUUUCCUUAGUGAGGAUGGAUUACCUCAACCUAUUGAAUACUUCCUCGCGUCCGAUCCUUCUGCUAUUGUAGAACAUACAAAACGCGUACUUUACCUUGAAGAUGAUGAUAUUGCACACAUUAGUGAAGGAGAAUUACAUAUUCAUCGUUUAAGGCGUGAUGAUGGAAUAUCUGCUAUUCGUUCUAUCCAAACAUUGGAAAUCGAAUUGGCUGAGAUUAUGAAGGGUUCUUUCGAUCACUUUAUGCAAAAGGAAAUAUACGAACAACCGGAAUCCGUAGUUAACACGAUGCGUGGUCGUGUUAAUUUUGAAACUCAUAAAGUUACCCUUGGUGGUCUUAAAGCAUACUUGGCAACCAUUCGAAGGUGUAGGCGCAUAGUAUUUUCUGCCUGUGGUACCAGUUAUCAUUCAUGUAUAGCUACUCGUGCUAUUUUUGAAGAACUAACAGAGAUUCCUGUUUCCGUGGAAUUGGCCAGUGAUUUCUUGGAUAGAAAGACACCUAUAUUCAGAGAUGACGUAUGCGUGUUUGUAUCGCAAUCUGGUGAGACCGCCGACACAAUUCUUGCUUUAAGAUACUGUCUCGAACGUGGUGCUCUUUGUCUCGGUAUUACUAAUACAGUUGGUUCAACAAUCUCACGUGAAACACAUUGCGGUGUUCACAUUAAUGCUGGUCCUGAAAUUGGUGUUGCAUCUACUAAGGCGUAUACUUCUCAAUUUAUUGCUUUAGUGAUGAUGUCUAUUCAAUUGAGUGAAGAUCGUACAUCUAUGACACAAAGACGAAACGAUAUUAUUGAUGAGCUUUAUAAGUUACCUCAACACAUUAAACAAGUUCUUAGUAGUGAUCAAGAAUUACAAAAACUUGCAAAGAAUGUACUUUAUAAAGAAAAAAGUCUCUUAAUUAUGGGUCGUGGCUUCCAAAAUGCCACUUGUUUAGAAGGUGCUUUGAAAAUUAAAGAAGUUUCAUACAUGCAUUCGGAGGGUAUUUUGGCUGGUGAAUUAAAACACGGUCCUUUAGCACUUAUUGAUGAGAAUAUGCCUGUUAUUCUUAUUAUGACUAAAGAUUCUUUAUAUCCGAAGGUACAAAGUGCUCUCCAACAAGUCACAGCUCGUAAGGGUAAACCAAUCAUUAUCUGUAAUGAUGGUGAUGAAGGUAUAGAAGUUCAAUACGAAGCAAUUCGUGUGCCUCAAACCGUUGACUGUUUACAAGGCCUUCUCACAAUUAUUCCGUUACAAUUGUUAUCAUAUCAUCUUGCUGUGUUAAAUGGAGUUGAUGUCGAUUUCCCACGGAAUUUGGCUAAAUCU